AGCCCCGCCCUCCGCUCUCCCCGCCCCCGGCGCUCGGCGCUGGCUGCGCUUGUCGCGGCUGCGGGGCCCGCGGGCGGCCAUGGCGGCGGGCGCCGGGGCCAGGCCGGCGCCGCGCUGGCUGAAGGCGCUGGGCGAGCCGCUGAGCGCGGCGCAGCUGCGGCGGCUGGAGGAGCACCGCUACAGCGCGGCGGGCGUGUCGCUGCUCGAGCCGCCGCUGCAGCUCUACUGGACCUGGCUGCUCCAGUGGAUCCCGCUGUGGAUGGCCCCCAACUCCAUCACCCUCCUCGGGCUCGCCAUCAACCUGCUCACCACGCUCGUGCUCAUCUUCUACUGCCCCACGGCCACCGAGGAGGCACCAUACUGGACAUACCUAUUAUGUGCACUGGGACUCUUUAUCUACCAGUCACUGGAUGCUAUUGACGGGAAACAAGCCAGAAGAACAAAUUCUUGCUCCCCUUUAGGGGAACUCUUUGACCAUGGUUGUGACUCUCUUUCUACAGUGUUUAUGGCAGUGGGAGCUUCAAUUGCUGCUCGCUUAGGAACUCAUCCUGACUGGUUGUUUUUCUGCUCCUUUAUUGGGAUGUUCAUGUUUUAUUGUGCUCAUUGGCAGACUUAUGUUUCAGGCGUGUUGAGAUUUGGAAAAGUGGAUGUAACUGAAAUUCAGAUAGCUUUAGUGAUUAUCUUUGUGUUGUCUACAUUUGGAGGAGCAACAAUGUGGGACUAUACGAUACCCAUUCUAGAAGUAAAAUUGAAGAUCCUUCCAGUUCUUGGAGUAGUAGGUGGAGCAAUAUUUUCCUGUUCAAAUUAUUUCCAUGUUAUCCUCCAUGGUGGCGUUGGCAAGAAUGGAUCCACUAUAGCAGGCACCAGUGUCUUGUCACCUGGACUCCACAUAGGACUAAUUAUUAUACUGGCAAUAAUGAUCUAUAAAAAGUCAGCAACUAAUGUGUUUGAAAAGCAUCCUUGUCUUUAUACCCUAAUGUUUGGGUGUGUCUUUGCUAAAGUCUCACAAAAAUUAGUGAUAGCUCACAUGACCAAAAGCGAACUUUAUCUUCAAGACACUGUCUUUUUUGGGCCAGGUCUGUUGUUUUUAGACCAGUACUUUAAUAAUUUUGUAGAUGAAUAUAUCAUUUUGUGGAUAGCAAUGGUCAUUUCUUCAUUUGAUAUGAUGAUAUACUUUAGUGCUCUGUGCCUGCAAAUUUCAAGACACCUUCAUCUAAAUAUCUUCAAAACUUCAUAUCAUCAAGCACCUGAACAGGUUCACAAGCAUAUUGACUGACUAAUGGCCCAAGGAAAAGAGGAGAUGCAGUUAGGGGAACCUAUGAGUGAAGGAAAUCCCCCUAUGCAGGAGGCUAGUAUACUAUCAAAUAAGGUUAUAUUUGAAUAUAAAACAUAAAUACUGCAGAUUCUAUUAUGUCUAUUUCAGAAAUGAAGCCCUCAUUGUGUAUCAUUUUUGAUCACGGGUAUUCUCAGAAUAAUACAAUCUGUAAAUUAGAAACAAGACUAAAGAAAGAAAUUUCAAUCCUAAAAAUAAGAAACUGAACUCCUAUAGUUCUAAAUGGCACUCUCUUUGAGAAAUAUUUAUUAGAUACUUAGUGUUUUCACUGCCAAAAGAGUACCUAAAAAUUGAGAAUGUAAAGGAUUUUAGCCAUUUUGAGUGUAUUUUGCUAAAAAUGGAAAAGUGAGCUCAUAAUACUGCAUAAGUGCUUGGCUUGUAAUUAUUGAGUCAAGUAAUGUUCUAAGAAUUUUAAAAAAUCAUAAUCAUUUUUCAAAUGAGGCACAUUAAAGAUCUUUGGUGAUCCAAAUCUUCAGCUACCAUCUGACCCUAUUUUUAAUUUUAUACAAUAGUUCUGUAGACCAUAUACCAUAUGAUGAAAUCAGAAAAAUAAUAAUGAAUAUGUACUAUAUCGGUCAUAGGCAAGAAAAAGGCCUAUUGAAAAAAACAGUGAAAGAUGAUAUUCCUUAUGUGAAUUAAGUACACAGAAAACACUCUGGAGUACUACUUACUUUGCCUCUGUAACUAUUAAAACUUCUCACAUAAGGACCUUCUUAGAAGUUUGAAUAGUACUUAAGAUUUAUAUUCUAAUACAUACUUUGGGUUAAAAGAAAAUCCCUUACAAAGUUCGAAAUUUUAGGAAAUAAACUGUCCUUUUAAUGUCAAAUAUUUGUUAAUGGUAGAGGAUUAAAAUCUUCCUGUACAAGUUAUCACAGUUAGAAAAAGAAUCUAUGUGGACUUGUUUUUUAAAACUUGGAAAACCUUAAAACUAAGAUAAGGGUGGGUUAUAGAGUCAAAAAUUAGAAUUUAAAACAUAGAAAAGCAGGAGAAAAUUGCUCCUCUUCUCCUAAUGGGCAUAUUUUUUGUUUUGAAUAAUACAUGGAAAACAAUCUCAGCAAAAAAUAAGUUUAACUGAUUUACUUCAAACAAAUGCUGAAACAAGUGUUUGUAUGUCCAUCCUUAUAAAUAAAAUGCAGAUUUUAAAAGAUGUAAAAAUUAACUAUUUGGGUUUGAAAAUAAUGUAAAAUUAAACUCAAUAUCAAAAAUGAGUAUUACCAAAUAUUAAAAUUGAAAAAACAUUCUAGGUAAUUUAUCUUUAAAGACAGAUGUCAUAUACUUAAACCAUAAGUAAUUAGGUAUGUUAAUGAUGUGUUCUUAUUCAUUGCUAAGGGCACAUGUGUCAGUUAGUUGCAGACCAAGCCGAAUUAAAUGACAUAUCUUUGUAGAAAUGACAGAUUCACAAAGCCGUGUUUUAAAACUGAUAUUUAUCUCUUGUUCGUUUGUUGAUGAUUUAAUGUUCAGAGGUAAUGAUUUUAACAGUUUUAUUCUAGAACAUAAACUUAAGUUAUACAACCAAUUCUAAUGAAAAUAAGACGAACUUAAGGAUGUACAUGUAAAAUAGAUUUUGUAUUUUUUUUCUUAAAGAAGAAAAAUGUAACCUUCUAUACUUGUGCUUUCUACCAUUCAGAUACACUAAAGCCAAAACCUAAAAUUAAAUCAUCUUUAGUGGUUACAGUGAAUUUUUCUCUUUAACAUUGUCAAUUAACUUUUAGCAAUAAAGAGCUGAAAACUUGAUACAUAUUAUUUAGGAAUAGCUGCUACUCACAUAACUGUUUAGAUUUUAUUUGGGGAUUAACAGAAAGGAAGGUCUUACAAUGAGACAAGCUAAUGAUUAAAGGUGUUAUAAUUUAAACUGGAAUUUCUAAACCACUUUACAGACUUACAUGCCUCUUAGCUAAUGUUGUAAUUGUAUCAUAUUACUUAGGUUUAAGUUCUGUCUUCAAAGUCAUCAGAAUAACAUGGAUUGAAGAGACUUUCGAACACUUGCCAUCUCUUCCUGCUGCUGUUUCAUGAAAGGAGAUAUUAAACAUUUGUUUAAUUUUUAGUUAAGUGUUAUACUUCUUUCAGCAAAUAAAAUAUUUCAGUGCUUA